AUGAAAUUACACACCCUAGUCAUGCUCAUCCUAAUGCUCGGUUCCCCUCUCUUGCCCCAGCACCGAUGUUACAGAAGCAGCCACACCUUCCAACUCGUAAAUACGCUGAACAAAUUUGUGGUGAUAAGAAAAUGGGACUUCAGAUCUAACCUCUGUGCAAAUCCACCGAGUGAACAUCUCCAGAAAUUGAAGUAUGUCCGGGAAGUAACCAAUGCGAGCAUACAAAUAUGCAAUGAUGCAUUGAAGGAAUGCAAAGAUGAUGUAGAGAAAGCAAUAGAGUUGGUCCGGCGGAGUGCGAAAAAUGCUUCUUUUGUGUCUACCAAUGUGAAGGUUAAAACGGAGGGACUGGUUGGUUGCCAAAUGGAGGGGGACAAAGUCGUGAUGCUGGAGGUUUUAACUGACUCGGAUUUUGUGGCUCGGAAUGAGAAGUUCGUUCGCUUUGUGCGGACUCUGCUCUGUGCUGCCCUGGCGGGGGGGUCGCAUAGAGGAGAGGGGAACCGGGCGGAUAGUGAAACGCAAGAGAGCCGUAAUGAAACGCAAAACGAGGCCCUUAAUGAAACGCACGAGACCCAUAGCGAAGCGCACGACACCCAUAAUGCUGUGCUUACCUGCGCGGGCGCUUCCUCACCCGGGGCGACGCCACUGCUGAGCCUUCCCUAUGACGAUCACAGCGGGGAGCCAGCCACCACAGUGGGAGAGCAGAUCAACUACUUGAGGAAUAUAUUUCGAGAGGACAUACGCAUCGGACGGUUCACCAAAUACGAGAGAAAAAAUGAGAACCAAUUUUUACAUUACUACAUUCACAACCAGGUGGAAGAAAAAAUCGGGACGUCCGGUGUCCUGCUCGUUUUGACAGUCGGACAGCUGACAGAAAAAUUAAAAAAUAAAGGGGAAUGUAUUGCCGACGUUGCAAAUGAUAUAGCUCUGCAUAUUUUGUCCGCCAAGCCGGUUAGUGUAUCCAUCUCCGAUUUGCCUGAGCAGGUUGUGGAGCGAGAGAAGGCCAUCAUUCGGGAGUCCCUGCGGGGGUUGAAGAAGCCCGAGAACAUACUCGACAACAUGGUCAACGGGAAGAUACGCAAAUUCUACAGCUCCGUGGUGCUGCUCGAGCAGGAGUACAUGCUGGACGAUACCAAGCGGAAGGUCUCCCAAGUCAUUCGCGAUUUCUGCAAGAAGCACGACAUGAACAUAAGCGUCAGCCAUUUUGAUACUUUCAUCGUUGGAGAGAAGAAUAUUUUGCGAGAGUGA